AUGAAGGACCCUUUAUCGUAUUAUUUGGGAAAAUUAACGAGUGUGUAUAGCGUGGAUGGAAACAUUCAAGAGGAACAGGUGCAGAGGAACAAUCAUACUAUUCACACAACCAUGAGGAUCAUGGAAGAGUAUCACAAUAGGCUGUUUUUCUACUACAUCAUAAGGGAUAAUUUGCCCGAGUCCAAUCAUGACUGUUUUAUAAAUGUGGGCAGAAAGGCCUUUAUCUUAUUCUUAAAUGACCCAGUUAAUUUGGAGGAGCCUCAGUUAAAUAGAUGUGUGCUUGCGUCAGGGAUCCUCCCGAUGAGAGCCCAGAGAUGA